CCAGUUCCUUGCUUGGUUGUUCCAACUUCCCUGCAAGGCGCCAACUUACGUGAAGGACCUCUGAACAGUGACUGCUUAUCAAUCCCUUAUCAAAUUGUGCCUGAUUAGCUGGGACACCUUUCCCUCGCUGCGAUUACUUGGAAACCGAAUGGAGCCGUGCUCGCACGUUGAAUUGAUCGUUUAGUAGCGGGCUGGACCCAAAUUCUUCUGAAAGCUGCGCUCUUCGUAUGAAAGCGGAAGCAACAUGGAUAAGAAUAGUGAUGAAAGCGUGAAGGCACAACGUCAUUACAUGAGCUCAGCAGACGAGAGCGGGGGUGAUGAGGGGGAUGAUGAAGCAGAGGUUGGGAAGGGUGAACGAGGGCGGGAUGAUGCAGAGGAAGAAGAGGAGGAGGAAGAAGAGGAGGAGCCAAAGCUGAAGUAUCAGCGGCUGUGGGGAAGCCUGCCUGAGAUCCUUGCCAAGGAGAAUGCGGCCACCUGCCUGGGGGUGGCUGAGAAGAUGCUGGCGCUCGGGACGCAGAACGGCGGGGUGCACAUCCUUGACUUCAGUGGACACGAGGUGAAAUGCUUCCCCUCACACACGGCCGCAGUGAAUGACGUGUCCUUCGACCUGGCGGGGGAGUACGUUGCCAGCUGCUCUGACGAUGGGACAGUGGUUGUCAACGGCCUUUAUUCAGAGGAGCGGGAGCGCCACAACUACUACCGACCAAUCAAGACGGUGGCAAUCGACCCCGAGUACUCCACCAAGAAGGACCGCCAGUUCGUUGCGGGAGGCCUUGCUGGGACGCUCGUCCUCCACACCAAGGGCUGGCUGGGGCCCAAAGACACCGCCCUCCACUCUGGAGAGGGCCCCAUACAUGCGGUCCGGUGGCGCACCAGUUUGGUCGCUUGGGCAAAUGAUCUGGGGGUGAAACUGUACGAUAUGGCGACGGGGCAAAGGAUCAGCUACAUCGACAUGCCGAGGGGCGGCAUCAGCGCGGGUCUUCUACGGCCCCACCUCGUCUGGCAGGACGACGCAUUGCUCGUCAUCGGGUGGGCUAGCACCAUCAAACUCGCGGCCAUCCGCACCAAAUCCCCAAACCCUCCCGAAACCCCCAAACCCCCGAGUAACGGCAGCGUCCUUGCGCCGGCCGCGGCUGCCUCGACUCUUAUGGCGGGACUGAACGCGAUGGAUUUUCUCGGGGCCGCGAAGACAGUGGGGCUAGGGCUGCCGGGACCGGCGAAGUACGUGGAGAUCCUGGCGUCGAUACAGGCGGACUACCUGAUCUCGGGCAUCGCGCCCUAUGGGAAGGAUUUGGUCGUCUUGGCCUACAUCCACGACCAACCCGAGGGCACUGCCACGUCAGCCCCCCCCCACGCCUCCGGGCAGCGGCCCGAGGUGCGCAUUCUCACCCGCGAAAACGAGGAGCUGACCUCGGACGCCCUCAGUGUGAACGGAUUCCAGCAGUACCAAGCGAAGGACUACCGUCUCAUACAUGCGCCGUUCAUGGGCAGCAGCGAAAAGGGCGGGCAGUGGUCCGCAGGUGACGAGCCGCUCUACUACAUCGUCUCGCCAAAGGAUGUUGUCCAAGCGAAGCCCCGGGAUGCGGACGACCACGUGGCAUGGCUGGUGCAGCACGGGCGGCACGAGAAGGCGCUCGAGGCCGUCGAAAAGGGAGGGGCCCGGCAAGAGGUCCUGGAAGAGGUGGGUGCGCGCUACCUGGACCACUUGGUAUUGGAGCGCCAGUACGGCAAGGCGGCCCAGCUGUGCCCCAAGCUGCUCAAGGGCAACGCGGCCGCAUGGGAGCGCUGGGUAUUCCACUUCGCCAGCCUGCGCCAGCUGCCUGCUCUUGCGCCCUACAUCCCCACCGCCAACCCGCAGCUGCGGGAAACGGUCUACGAGGUGGUCCUGAACGCCUUCCUGGCCGCCCCCUCCGAGCACGAGCGCUUCCUCGACCUGGUGCGCACGUGGCCCCCAUCCCUGUACACCGUCACCACCAUGAUUGCAGCGGUCCAGCAGCGGCUGGUCGCCUUUCCGCACUCCGCCGCGCUGCAAGCGGCGCUAGCGGAGCUGUACUUGCACAACCACCAGUGGGAAGAGGCGCUGGGUUUAUACCUCCAGCUGCGCCGCACCGACGUCUUUGACUUCAUCGAGCGGCACAAGCUGCAAGCUGCAUGCCGUGACAAGGCCCUCCCGCUGCUGAAGCUCGACGCCCCCCGCGCGGUCACCAUGCUAGUUCAACAUCGCGCGGACAUCCCCCCCUCGGACGUCGUCUCCCAGAUCCAGCACGAAAUGCGCCGCCAAAAGCGGGCGGGUCUAGCCGCCCCCUCUGGCGAAAGCAGCCCCGGGGGAAGCCAAGCGGGUCCCAAGGGCGGAAGGUCCAGGCGGGACCUGCGAAAGCUGCUGCAUUUGUAUCUGCACGGGUUGUUUGAAGUGGACAUGACGGCGGGGAAAGAGUACCACGGGAUGCAGGUCGAGCUGUACGCGGACUACGAGCCUCGCUUCCUGCUGCCGUUUCUGCGAAGCAGCAGCUUCUACCCGCUGGAAAAGGCGUACGAGACGUGCAAGGCGCGCGGCCUGACGCGCGAGGUGGUGUUCAUCCUGGGGCGGAUGGGCAACGCGCGAGAGGCUCUGGGGCUCAUCAUCGAAGAGCUGCACGACAUGGAGCAGGCGAUCGAGUUCGUGUCGUCUCAGCACGACGACGAGCUUUGGGAGGAGCUCAUCUCGCACAGUCUGCACGACCCGGGCAUGGUCGGGGCGCUGUUAGAGCACACGGUGGGCAACAUCGAUCCGCUGGGGCUCAUCAACCGGGUGCCACGUGGCAUGGCGAUCCCCCGGUUGAGGGACCGGUUGGCGCGCAUCAUCUCGGAUUACCGCACCGAGACGAGCCUGCGAGAGGGCUGCAAUAACAUUCUCCAGUCUGACUGCGUUGCCUUGCUGAUCAAGUUCUACAACGAGGCCCGCCAUGCCGUCCGUGUCGGCGACCCCGACCCCGCUACCCCAGUUGCUCCUGAACCGCCUGCAACCACUGGCGCUUCCUCCCUUCUGAACCUGCCCGGUUUCUUCCCCCCGCCCACCGUCUCCUCCGACGAGCUCGACCGGCUACCACUGCUCCCGUCAGACGAGGGUUCCGAAGUCUUUGGAGCGUUCUCGUUCGACGCUUUCAUGGGCACCGCAAAGCCUGCCCCUGUGCAGACAAAGGACGCUAGUAAGAAGAAAGUGGGUGGCAAUAAGCCCGGGCGGUGCUCGAUCUGCCUAGAGCCGAUCAGCGUAAAGGACGGAGACGUAGUCGUCUUCUUCUGCUGGCAUGCCUACCACUUGAGUUGCUUGUCGGAGUCGGAAAAGCGGGGCAAAGCCGCCUCUGAAGAGGGCUUAGGAAAGGAUGGGGAUGAGGGGCUUAGGUGCGUGCUAUGCACAACGGCGGCAGCAGUGAAAAAGAAUGCGCACUUGCUACGAACUACAACCGGCAGCAUUGACAGGUCUCAGACUCGGUCCAGUGUUGGCUGGGGCCAGUCCGCUUCUGCAUGAAAUCCGUUUUGGGCAGCUCGUUGCCAACCAUUAGCCGCACUGUUCCGCAGCUUAUGGAUCUAUGAUACUCG